AAUGAAAUUGCUGGUCUGUCAUUUGCUAUUCCUGGGCUUUAUUUGCCUAGGUCGCAGUCAGGACGAUAGCGAGAAUGUCAGAAGGAUAAUGAAGGAAAUGGAGGUGAUCCCGGAAAUUUUAGACGAGCCUCCCAGGGAAUUACUUAGGAUAAAAUAUGACAACACCUUUGACAUUGAGGAGGGAAAGUCCUACACUCCUACAGAGCUCAAGUUCCAGCCCAGGCUCGAUUGGAAUGCGGAUCCCGAGUCCUUUUACACCGUGGUUAUGAUUUGUCCCGAUGCUCCGAAUCGGGAUAAUCCCAUGUAUCGCUCCUGGCUCCACUGGUUGGUGGUCAAUAUUCCCGGCUUGGAUAUAAUGAAGGGUCAACCGAUUUCGGAAUACUUUGGUCCUCUUCCGCCAAAGGACAGUGGAGUCCAGCGGUAUCUCCUUCUCGUGUAUCAGCAGUCGGAUAAACUGGACUUCGAUGAGAAGAAAAUCGAGCUAAGCAAUGCCGAUGGUCAUAGCAAUUUUGAUGUCAAGAAAUUCGCGCAGAAAUAUGAAAUGGGAUCGCCCGUGGCGGGAAAUAUAUUCCAAUCCCGGUGGGAUGAAUAUGUGCCGGAAUUGAUGAAGACACUCUAUGGUGUCAGCGAGUGAAGAUCGAAAAUUAAGUGGUUCUCGAGCGGUUGUUUUGUUCCUUGGUUGAGUUCUUAAGUUUUAUGUUCCCUGUUUUUGUUAAAUAAAGUGAUUUAGUUAGUCAUGAGCAUUCCAAA